UCUCGAAAAGAGAGCAGAUAGGCGUGCACUAACGAAUAAAUUAGGACAAUUUCAUGGAUUAUGUUUUGAUUAUGUCAAAGCUGUUGAGCCAGAUGAUAUGGAAGUUAACAGACUUAACCAGAGUCGGCUCCUUCCGGGAAUAAAUGCUUGUUAUUUAAGCCAUUAUCAUAUCUAUGAAUCGAUUAUCGAAAAUGGAUAUAGUAAAUCAUUGAUUUUAGAAGAUGAUGUAGAUAUGGAGCUUGAAAUUUUCGAUAUUAUGUCUAAUAUUCACCUUAUUUUACCUAACGACUGGGAGAUUCUUUAUCUUGGACAUU